AUGGGUGAUGCCCACACGGCCAACGCCAAUAAGGCCUACUUCAACAAACUCGCCGCCGAGUACGACACUAGGUACGAAAAGACAACCUUGCAGCUCGAGAGGGAGAUUCAAAAACGCAAGGAUUUCAUCGGCGCGGAUUGGGUCGUUGAUGAGGACGAGGAUGAGGACGAAGACGGUAGUGACGAUGGCAGCGAGGACGGUCCUGCAACUGCGCAACCGCCGCCGCCGCCGGGUGCCGACACCAAGCGUGUGAGACUCCUCGACUACGCCUGUGGAACCGGCUUGAUCUCGAGAGCUCUCGCGCAGUUCACGACGCAUUGCGUCGGCAUUGACAUCUCGGAGAACAUGGUGGCAGCUUACAACGCGCGGGCCGAGAACCAGGGCCUGAGUACCGACGAGAUGCACGCCUAUCAAGGCGACCUCACGGACCCGUCCGAUCCGGAUCCGUCGGCCUUCUCUGCCUCAUCUGACGCCGACGGUCGGUUCCACGACUUCGACGUCGCCGGCGUCGGCCUUGGGUUCCAUCACUUCGCCGACCCGGAGCUCUCGGCCCGCCGCAUUGUCGAGCGACUGCGGCCCGGCGGCGUCUUCGUCAUUCUUGACUUCCUGCCGCAUGGGGCCACGGACGCCGCGUUGCCGGCGGCCAAUACGGUCGUGCACCACGGCUUCUCGCGGGAGAGGAUGCGGGCCGUCUUUGAGCAGGCCGGCGCCAGCAGAGAUUUUGCCAUGGAAGAGAUCGGCAGCGGGGUUGUUUUUGGAGGGCAUGGCCACGGACAUGAGCACAAUAAUGGACAGAAGCAUGGCGACAGCCAUGGGCAAGAACACGGGCAUAGCCACGGAGAGGGAAAAGAAGGAAUGAAGAGGCGGGUGUUCAUCGCUCGGGGAACCAAGAUGUAG